UUGAACAGGAGACCCAAUCCCGUUUCGGCUAGUUGUGGUACUCCUUCGACGUUCAUUUGAAGUUACAGGCAGAGUGUUUUGGAGGUAAAUACCUUCAAGGUGUGGUGUGUACUGACUUAUAAGUGACAAAGGCUCUCUUCAAGCUUGACAACAAUGGGAAAAACGAAGAGCACAGACGCUCCAGCAGCAGAGGCAUGCUCGCAGCCAAAGCGAAAGUCUCUACGAUUGUUAGCUAAAGAGACAGAAACCAAACCAGAGACAGAAACUAAACCAGAGCCAACAAAGACCGCGCCUAAGAACCAAAAGGUGAAGGAGGUGGCAAAGGAGAAACCAGAACAGAAGAAAGAGGAACCUCGGGAUGAAAAAGAAGAGGACCCUGCAGAAAAUGGGGAGGCCAAAGUUGAAGAGGCUGCCACAGAAGAUGGAAAGGGUGAUAAGACCGAAGAGGGUAAAACAGAUGAGUAGUGUUGCCUCAACUCAUCUGCCUGUGCUCCCUGUCCCUUCUUAAAUGUCAAGUGCACAUCAUGUUUUCAACUGGGACAUGAAUACAGACACACGUUUAAAAAAAAAAAAAAAUCCUCAACCACCAUUUAAU